AUGGCGGAGGUUGCAGGCCUUGUGUUGGCCGGAAUACCACUGUUGAUCAGCGCAGUGGAGCACUACGAGGAAUGUUUCCGGAUUCUUGGUUGCAUGCGCCAAUUCAAGCAAGAAUAUCGACAAGUUCGCAACCGUGUCAAGACUCUCGAGCUGGAGUACGAUCUCACACUUGACAAGCUUUUCCUUGACGUGGUUGAUAGUCAAGAGGAGCUCGCCAGGCUCAAGAAUAUCCCAGACGAUCAAGGAUGGGUUGAAGUCGAGGCGAGACUGAAGGAGAGACUUCUCCCGAAGGUGCAUCGAGCAUACCUGGACACAAUGAAGGACUUGCAAGAGACCGUUCGUGACCUGAGCGAAGAGCUUGGGCUGGAUAAGGCGACAUUCCAGGACCGCAUCAGCUGUAGCAAUGUGACUGCGCCUUCUGGUCAAACCUUGAGCAACAACCAGAAGCCCAGCACAGCCAAGCAGAUAAAGUCCGUCGCC